ACCAGAUAUCCAGAUCUAAAUCCCCUCCGACCUAGGUCAUGGCUUCCAUCGCGUCAAAGCUCGCGCGGGCAGCCGUCGCAUGUCGCGCCUCUCCGGCAGCCGUUGGAGGUUGCAGUCGCCUCGUCUCCCCUUGUCUCCCUCGGACUGGCCGGCGCAUGUUCAGCGGCCUCGCCCCCAAAGGUCAUAAGUUCAGGUUCGAGGUUGUCCAGCCAGUGCCUGGUGGUCCCACGACAGAAGAAGCUGAUGAUAUUCUCACUGUUACCGAGGAAAAACUCAACUCAGAUAAAACACUACGGGCCAUGUAUGACUUCUGGCGCAAGUAUUAUGGCAUAUCCCGCGAGGGUGCUGAGCUGGACCGUCGGUUCGAGAUAUUCAAGAGGAGGGCAAGGUUUGUGCACAAAACGAACAAUUCUCGUUGUGGCUACCAGGUGGGACUGAAUGUGUUUGCAGAUCGGACCGCGGAGGAGGUUAUCCAUCCGUGCUAGCUGCACCACCUCUUGCCCAUGCUCCACCAAAACUUGAUGCUGGGGAACCGCUGGCUCAUGGGUGUCAGCGAGGGCAAGCUGCACUAUGUUGAGGUCUCCACUGAAAAGGAGCCGUUCAUGAUCAGCUCGUUUUCGCUCGGAAACCUACGCGUCGGACAAAAGUUAAACUAUUCAUGCCCAACAAACGUGAACCGCUUGAAAAGGACAUGCCGUGGAUUCUGCAUUUCUCCUAGACUGCCCGCGCAAUGUCUACUUGCAGAAACAAAUAAUUUGGCCAUAUUUCCAGGUCACUAUGUUGAACUGGUUGAUAUACUACUGUAGUAUUGUUAUCCUUUAUUCCAACUCGUUUGGUAGAAUCAUGGUUAGUUUCAUAUGGCUAUGACAAUAGGAUGGUGUUUUAGGUUCUCAAAUGUAUACUCAAAUUAAUUGGGGGUUUGCAGCACAUUACAUCAGAGAAUGGUUCCUUUUCUUCAAACAUGUGUAUUUUUAAGGGAACACAGGAUGCUGCUUUAAUAUUUUCCUUACACGUUACCUCUGGUGCUUAACUACUUUGCACCGUUUA